GCAGACUGGACGGCAGCAUUUGUCCCCACCCCAGCAAUAGACCUUCAUGAGGACUAGGGGGCUGCCUGCACCAAAGGCUUCAUGAGAAAGGGGUGAUGAUUGCUUAACUGAAGCCUUUGGACUGAAGAGCACACAGCGACUCUUCAAACACAGGGGCACAUGAUGUGCAGCAGUGACGGAAGAAGCAGGCUGAAUGUGCCCACUAUGUUUAUGUACAAUAGCCCCGGUGCCUGCCAACCCAAUGAAAGUAAAGGAGUGCUCCAAGCGUGCCAAAAUGAAGGUGUUCGCUCUCGCAAUCCUCUUGGUCAGCGUCUGCUGCAUGGAAGGGACUGUGGUCAGACGGCAGGCGGAACAGGCUCCAGCCCCGGCUUCUGAUGUCGUGCAGCAAGUGCAGAGCUACCUUAAUAGCUUAUCUGACUACUUCAAAAAGGAACUCGUGCCACAAGAGAAGAUAGAGGAAUUCAAGGCCCAGACAAUGGCUUACGUGCAGCGGGCACAAGAGCAUGUGACUCCUAUGGCUGAACAACUCAGGGACCAGGCUACCGAGUUCUUCUCCAGCCUUUUGAGUACCAUCCAGAAAAAGACCAAGUAAAGUAGUGGAAGCUGCGUUCAGAGAGGCUCCGUCCUCAUCAUCUGCUGAAAAGGAAACUAGGGAAAAUCUAGCACCUUCUUGUAAUCCAAAGACUGGCUGGAUCUCACUCUGGUUGUAAUAAAGGCGCCUUAUUCUCUAA